AUGAGAGUGCUGGGUAUUUCAGGUUUAAUCCCAAUACUCAAGGAUGCAUCAAAGCCUAAGCAUAUUUCUGAAUACAAGGGUCAAACUCUAGCUAUAGAUGCUUAUGUUUUAUUGCAUCGCGGUGCAUUCAGUUGUCCAGCUGAAAUUGUCAAAGCUAGCUUAAUACCUGAUAUCGAUAAGCGUAAUCUAGCAAUAUCUCAAUUAUCAACUAGAUUUCUGAACUAUGCCAUAUUUCAGAUUAAAGCUAUGAUAUCCAUAAAAGUAAAACCAUUCGUUGUAUUCGAUGGUGGUCCACUUGGUGCAAAGCAACAUACAGAAACAAAUAGAGACGAAUCACGUGCUAAAAAUCUCGAGAUCGCACUCAAAUUGGAAUCACAGGGGAAGAAAACACAAGCAAGACAAGCGUUCAGCAAGUGUGUCGAUAUUACACCUAGGAUGGCUUAUGAACUUAUAAAGGUUUUACUUUCACUAAAAGUCGAUUACAUCGUCGCACCCUAUGAAGCUGAUGCACAGAUGUAUCAUCUCGAAAGACUCGGUAUAGUCGAUGGAAUCAUCACUGAAGACUCAGACUUAUUAGUUUUUGGCGCUAAGAAGGUCAUUUUCAAACUCAGGCAAGAUGGUAGCUGUGAUGAAGUCUCCCGAGAUAGAUUUGGGUUGGUUCGCAUCGAUGGAAAAGCUCUCUGUUCUGGAAAAUGGACUGAUGUUCAUUUCCGUAGAAUGGCAAUGCUUAGCGGUUGUGAUUAUCUUAAGAGUCUCCCUGGAGUUGGAUUAAAGAAGGCUUUUGAUGCUGUCAGACGUGGUGGUGAAACUUUUGAUAUGAUUUUUAUCUAUUUCACUCACAAUUAUGAGAACAAAGUGAGAAAAGUACCCGAGGAAUACAAGUUUAAGUUCAAGCUUGCAGAUCUUGCUUUCCUACACCAGAGGAUUUGGUGUCCAAUAGAACGUAGAAUUAAACCACUUAACCCACUUCCCGAUGAUUUAAUUGGAAAUGAAGAAAUUAACGAUUGGAUCGGAAGUGAUAUGCCUGAUGAAUUAGCUGAGGGUAUUGCUAUGGGUGAUGUAUGUCCAGUUUCUAAGGAGCUUUUUAUUAGCAGUGGAGCAACAGCAACAUCUUACAAACCAAUGUCAAACCAUAACGCUAUUGACGGAAAGCGACCACCUCAGAAGUCUUUGUUCGAGUUCUUUGAAAAGCGUCCUGCAGGAACAGGUAGUAAUAGUGGAAGAAAGACUCUCACAAGAGCCAUCGCUGAGAGCGACUUUUCUAAGAAAUUACCAUUAUCAGCAAAGAAGGAUACCCCACGAGCUCAAAAGGAGAACGUAUGUUCGCCUUACUUCAGUGCAAUAGCUGGUACCUCCAAUCCAACAAAGAGAAAGUCGGAUAAAGUUGAGACGCCACGUAAAGCACUCCCAUCUAAGCAAAAGCCUGAUGUUCAAGUAAGUUCGCCUAUAUCUAUAGUAGAAGAGCUAGUAUCUUCCCCAAUAUCUACUGUUCAGAAAGCAGUCGAAUUUGAUGAUUAUGAGGGGUUUGAAACUCCAUCUAGAAGGGAUAAUGUAAAGAAACAAAGAUUAUCAUCAGCGGAUAUAUUCAGUCCUACUCAAAGACUUGAAAAGCAGCUGGAUGAUGCUGAUAAAUUAAAAGCUGAAGAUAGCCUUUGUCGUGAUUCACAAGAUGAGGACGAUGAUGAAGUGGAGUAUUUAGGUAACACAUCAAUAAAAUCAACUGAGACUAUUACGAAAAAUUGGUGGGAUCGUUUCUCAUUUGACAAAAAUAAGUUGUCUCAAUCUCAGUCAUCGGCUGCUACAUCUAUAUCAAUUACUUCAUCACCACCGCCUGAAGAAGCAACACAGUCAACGCCUUUUUCAUCAUUCUCUACACAUUCUCAACCUGAAUCCACAAUACCUAAAUCCUCCAGUUAUCGUAAACUCAUGAACUUUGCAUAUCGUCCUUGAAAAUUUUUAUUUGAUUAAAUUAAUUUAAAUUAACCAAGCAAUUGUAUCAAUUUUCAACUUAUAUAGC